AAGGAGGCAGCUGGGGGCUUCUAAGUUUCUGAAUCGCUCCAUCGAAUCUCAUAUCCUUUGUCGGACGAAGACGAAGGAGGAACAGCGAUUGAAUUCAAUAUGCAUCCCAUGGUGUUGAAUUCCUCCCCUUACCACAGAGCCCCGCAAACCCUUCAAUCUCCUCCUUCUUCUUCUUCUUCUUCUUCUUCUUCUUCUUCUCGCGCCUUCGAGAUCUCCUCCUUCUUCGUCCGCCAUGUUUCGCCUUCAAGACAGCGCACUCCUCUUUGCCAGAGAUCAUGUCGUUCCCUUCGAAUUAACUCACGCACGCCAGUUAUUAGAGCCGUCGCAACUUCCAAUUCGGCACUGGAAUUGCCGCUGACUGCAGAAAAUGUUGAAAGUGUGCUGGAUGAGGUUCGACCAUAUCUUAUUGCGGAUGGUGGUAAUGUGGCAUUACAUGAAAUAGACGGAAAUGUUGUACGGUUGAAGCUACAAGGAGCAUGUGGCUCAUGUCCGAGUUCUGUUACGACUAUGAAGAUGGGAAUUGAACGGCGUUUGAUGGAGAAGAUCCCUGAAAUAGUUGCUGUGGAACCAAUAGCAGAUGAGGAAACUGGAUUGGAGCUCAACGAGGACAAUAUAGAGAAGGUACUCGAAGAGAUAAGACCUUAUCUUGUCGGGGCAGCGGGAGGAUCUCUCGAACUCGUGGGUAUCGAGGAGCCAAUAGUUAAAGUUCGGAUCACAGGGCCAGCAGCUGGGGUCAUGACAGUGCGUGUGGCUGUUACACAAAAAUUGCGAGAGAAGAUACCAUCCAUAGCCGCAGUUCAACUUUUGUCAUAAUGAAUCUACAGAAUACGAGGAGAUGUGGAUAGUUCUUCAUUAUUCAAUUCGUCACAUAAGAAUAGAAACUCGUAGAAUUUGUGUAUCAUGGUUGCCUCGAGGUAUCCUCCUGAUUGUGUUAUUGGCGCUGCAUUUAUGUAAAAUGUAGCCUCAUGAACAAAUUUUUAGAUUAUUCCGUACAAUUUGCUUUCAUAAGGGCACAAAUAAUCUGAAAAAAUUGUAAAUCUCAUUUCUUUACAAUAUGGAUUACAACGAGUGGACUAGCUUGUGUUUAUAUGUAUAUAAUCCUUAAAUUGUGAAUA